GCCAGCAGACGGCGUCUGGCGCCGGAACUGUCUAGCGGCAGCAACAGGAGCAGGAGCAGCAGCAGCAGGAGCAGCAGCAGAUAUUGCGACUGUAGCGGCAACAAAUAGACAUGGCCAGCCAAAGGAUACGGAGCCGGCCAGAAGAAGGACGAAAAGGACGAAGAAUGAGCAGCGCCUGCCGACCGGGAGCCUUGCAUACGGCAUUCAAUAUGCUGGCGUUGAGCUGGAUUAUAAUCUCAGAGUUAUUGCUCAGUGCUCACUGCCUAAAGGACCUGAAGAUAUUUGUGCCGGAGGCCGUACUAAUGGGAAAUGCAGCGACAUUGUCUUGUCAAUACGAUUUGGAGCAGGCGGCGCUGUACGCGGUACGCUGGUACUUCGGACAGGAGGAGUUCUACCGCUACGUUCCCCGCGAGGCCAAGCCCACAUUUGUCUUCGCCGUCGCCGGCAUUAAUGUUGAUCUCGCCAAUUCGGAUGCCACGUCGGUGACGUUGAAGGGUGUCACCCGGGAGCUGAGCGGCAGCUAUCAGUGCGAGGUUUCCGAGGACGCACCGCUCUUCCACACCGAGAUUCGAUCGGCCUACAUGCAGGUGAUUGAGCUGCCCAAAGACGACCCGGUGAUGCAGGUGGGCAAGAAGGUGAUUGGCAUCAACGACAACUUCAAGGCUACGUGCGUGGUGGGCCCCUCGUAUCCGCCGGCCAACAUCACCUGGAACAUCAACGGAAACCAAAUCCGCCAGACGCCGCUGCAGCGCAUCUCGCAGGACACCUACGAUGGCUCCUCCACGCACUCCCUGCUCAGCAUUUCCCCGAACAGCCAGGCGCUGCAGGGCUUCUUCGAGACGAAGUACCAGCACAGCGUGAACCUGCAGUGCGUGGUGACCAUCCGGCACAUGUACCACAAGGUUGUGGCGCAGCGGAUCGGCCUGAAUGCGGCGCCGCCGACUACCAUAUCGCCGAAUCUGCUGGGACUCGAAGGAUCCAAGCGGUAUGCCAACGGAGAUCCUGACAAUUCGGCGCUGACAGGCGCCUCGCAGCGCUGCUGCCUUUGCUGCGGAGCCUUUGGCGCCGUUUCGCUGGCGAUUUUCACACUGGCCAUAGCGCAUCUGUGACCGCAGCGGACCGCUUAAGUCCGCCCAUGGUAAAGGCAAGUGCAGCCGGACAAGUCACCUCCAAGGAUGAAACAACAGCGCGAGCUGUGUAAUUAAAAAAUAACAAAACAGAGCGAGUGCUUGAUGGCAGAAAAACAACAGCAAAGGAUAUGCAAAAAUCAAAAGGAAAACAGAAAAAAAAAUAUUAUGGGAUUGGGAGUGGGGGGAAAGUGUUGGCGACAGCGACCCUGGAUUGUCAACGCCUAGUAGCAUGUCCUUGUAUUUUAUACUUUUUUUUAUUUGCCUCAUUCGCCAAACAAACCAAAACAAAAAAAAACUGGGUCGCAGUCCAUAAGUUCAAAGCGAAGGAUAAUUUUCAAUGCAUUCAUUCAUUUGCGAUGGCUACAUACAAAAUUCUGAUAAUAACAAUACAUUAAACAUAAGUCAGCCGGGGCUGAAUUUCCACACAAGCUCGGGCAUAGAUCGAAAAGAAGGUUAAAAUAAUAAUAGUAAAAGUACAGUAAAAAGUAAAAAGUAAAAAGGUAAAUAGCGUAAAUUUAAUACGUAACACACGUAAUUGCAUGUUGUGCAUGAGGGCGUGGUGUUUAACUCUUUGAAAAAAAAACAAAACUACAAAACUGCCUGCAGACAACACAGAGUAUAGAAAAAAGAAACGAAUCCAUAAAUUUAAAUAAAUUAACACAUGCACUGGCGAACAACACUUGCAAACAAGUUACAUAACGAAAGAAAACAACAAUUAAUAAGCAUAAGUGACACACAUUUAACUACUAAGUACACCCUACCCUCCAACUACCGCAGCCUAGGCACAUAAGUUAUGUAAAUAAUUACUGUAAAGAACUAAAGAAAAAAAGCAGUAAAUAAUAAAUUAAUAAAUACGAAACCCUCACAUGGGCAAACAUUAAUUAAAGCUAGAGCAAAGUGUGUGGAGAAAAAGUUAAAUACAAAACUAAUUAAGUCCAUAUGAAAAAUCAAUGAAAUCGAAAGAGUCAAAUUGGAUAUUGGCCAAAUUCAGUUUAAUUGGAUUUGUUUUCAUUUCAAUUGUGGCUUAUUUGCGGUAUCAUUUUGUCCAUUUUCUGUUGAAAGUUUAGUUUCCGUCGAACGGUUUGUGUUAGCAGCAUAAGAUGGACUUUGUUUUAGACUAAAUUUACAUAACUAAAUGCAACGUAUAUAUAUUUAACGAGUAAUGAUUGCCGUGGAGAGGUAACUUAGUGGGUAUGUGUUAGUUGAAAGAUGUUAAGGGUGCAUUCUGCGGAACGCACUGAAAGUAAAUCCAAACUCCUUGGCCAAAGGACUAUUUUUAGAUGUUGAUGCGCAGCGCAAACUCACACAAAAAUUCAGGUUGCGUUUGAUUAUGAAUCGUGUUCUGCAUAAUCGUAUUUCUGAGCUAAGAAACGAAAAUUCUUGGAAGCACUUCCAACUACAGAGUAAGCCCAAAAAGCAAAAUAAUGUAAAUCAAAUGAGACGAAAGGGAAACCAAAAUUAUUUUAGCGAGUUACGGCAGGUCGAAAUAAGUGAAACCCAAACUAAACUUAACUAAACUGAAACGCAAACUAAUAAUAAAAUGUAAAAUCAAACUUAAAUACAGGAAAACGAGAAAAUAACACAAGCCCAUGAAACGAGUCGAGCGAACGAGUCAACGGGAGGAAAUUAUAUAUUAAAUAUGCAUAAUUAUGAAUAAUUUAAUGCGAGUUAAGCAAAGGCAAAAAGGUCAAACGAAAUCAAACCACACAAAAACCAACAAAAGUGCACGCCGAUGUGGGCGUGGAAUUUAGC